ACUGAGUUUAAGGAAAAAUUAAUACACAAAAAAUAAAAUGGCACCCUUGAAAAUACUAGCCUGUGGAAGUGUGGAUGGAAAUUUUUCUAAAUUUUUAAAGAGGGUUUCCAGUAUUCACAAGAAAAAUGGUCCUUUUGAGAUGGUAUUAUGUAGUGGUGACUUCUUCAUCCAUAACACUGAGUGUAAAUCUAAUUGGAAAACAUUUAUUAAGACUGUCAAAUGUGAAGUUCCAGUGUAUACAUUAGGUCCAACUUCAAAAGAAUUGGAACAGUUCUAUGCAAAGGAUAAGUUAAAUGAUGGUGAAGAAAUGUGUGAAAAUAUAUUGUAUUUAGGGCGCAAAGGCAUUUUCAAGACUGCAAGUGGCUUGGUUGUAGCAUAUAUUAGUGGGAAAGAGAAACUACUACCAGGUGGUGAUUUCAACGAAUCAGACAUAAAUGCAUUAAAAGAUCAAAUACGACGUGAUGAUAAAUUUCAGGGAGUCGAUAUCCUCCUAACAUCUGUUUGGCCACAAGGUAUCACAAAAUUUACCAAAACCGAAAUAGUGGAAAACAAUCCAUCUAUACUAUUAUCCAGCCUGUGUACAAGUAUCAAACCUCGAUAUCAUAUAACAUGUCAUAAGGAUUCUUUCUUUGAACGUCUUCCAUACAGAAACCAUCAGGUGUUGCAGCAAGAACAACAACACGUAACACGAUUUAUAUCUCUGGCACCUUUUAAUAAUCCGAGCAAAGAAAAGGCAGUUUAUGCAUUCUCAAUAACACCCAUGUCUCAACUCUCAAGAGAAGACCUAAUAAAACAACCAGAUGACGCUACAGAAUUUCCGUAUAAAAAUGUACUGGUGAAGAAAGAAGAAGCGAGUAAUAACGAUAAUCAGUUCUUCUUUUCAAAAGUUGACAUUAGGAAAAGAAAAUCAGAUGCUGACGAAGACAGAAGACGUAAGAAUCCAAAGGGACCUCCCGCACUGUCAAGUGCUUGCUGGUUUUGUUUGGGUAGUAAAGACGUGGAAAAGCAUUUAGUUGUCAGCGUGGGUGAACAAUGUUAUUUAGCCAUCGCCAAAGGAGCAUUGAAUGACGAUCAUGUCCUUAUCUGCCCAGUCAGUCACCACAACUCAACUGUUGUACUACCUGAUGAGGUUCGAUUGGAAAUGGAAAAAUAUAAAGAUGGAUUGCGCAAAAUGUUUGAGAAAGAGGAGAAAGUGAUGGUAACAUACGAACGAAACUUUUAUACGCAACAUCUUCAGCUACAGGUUUAUGGACUACCUAAAAGUUUAACUGACGAUAUAAAAGACACUUUUCAAGAUUUUGCUGAUAAUGUUGGAAUGGAGAUGAUUGAUAUACCUGAAGAAAAAGAUAUUAGUGAGAUGGUUGCUAUAACGACGCCCUACUUUGCAGUGGAAACCCCUGGCGGCAGAUUUCUUCAUAAAGUAAAAGGGAGAAUGCCUUUGCAGUUUGGAAGGGAUGUGCUGGCAAGUCCAUCUUUGUUAAAUUUACCAGAUCGAGUAGAUUGGAGAAAUUGUAAACUGUCAAAAGAAGAAGAAGUGAUCACAACAAAAAGUUUUCGGAAAAGGUUUCAACCUUUUGAUUUUAAUUUUAACUAAACGUUUUUUUGCUGUAUAUAUUUUUGAUAGAUAACACUGUAAUAUACCUUUUAAUA